AUGCACAAGCUCAAAGAGGCCUAUAAGGUGCAGCGCAAGACAACAAGGUUUUUUGUGAACCUCACGGUGCAUGCAGAACCAGCAAAGGUGGAGUCAUGGCUGCAGAUCAAAUUGGACGGCGAUGCACCAACACUGACUAUGCCCCGCAAAAAGACCAAAGAGUACACAAAAAGCAUCUACCUCUUGAACCGAGCAGAGUUUCCAAGCAUUGAAAAGGCGCUGGAUGAGCUAAUGAAUCCCACCAAUCACGGUACUCAGCAGAUGAAGGCAGCAGCACAAAUGCAUGGGCGAGUGGCCCUGUUUAUCAAGACUGAAAUCAAAUUGGACUUAGAACAGAAGCAUCUGUGUUACAUCCAUGAUCAACGGGUGACAAAGGGCGAGAUUCUGGACGACAGUCUGGAGGUCAGCAUCACUGUAGAGUCUUUUCACAACAAGCUGGGCAAAUGGUGUGUGGCACAAACCAAGCUGAUGCCCAAUUGGGAGGAGCUGAUAGCGCCAGGCAUGGAAUCAGCCAACAACAACGACAAAGAGAACAAGAAAAGGGAACUCUUGAGUGUUUUGGGCCUACCGUCCGAUAUUGAGGAGUGUGAUUGCACCAAGUAUGAACUAAACAAGGUGGCGGAUCAUGAGCUGACAAUCAGGAUGUUGGCAUUCGACCAGCUGGACAGGGUACGGCUUGCAGUGCAGGAUAGAGCUGCACACCUGGAGCACAAGAAGAAGAAUGUGCAUGGGAAGAAGGCCAACACACAAGCCAAGAUAUAA